GUACAUUACUUGCUCUCUCCUCACAGUUCAUCAUUGUUCAGAUUUCAGUCCAACAAAGAGAAAUCAGCAAUUCAUCAUGGCAGCAACUUCAGCUACAUUUUCUAGCACCAUUAAUCUUAAGUCCUCAUUUAUCAAGCGCAGGCCAGCAGCCAGCCUAGGCUCCUUUGCAAAUGUCGGCCAAACUCUUUUCGGAUUAAAAGCUGACCAUGGACGUAUAACUCUAAUGGCAACAUACAAAGUGAAGCUGAUUACACCAGAAGGACCUCAAGAAUUCGAAUGUCCAGAUGAUGUUUACAUUCUUGACCAAGCUGAGGAACUCGGUAUUGAUGUUCCAUACUCUUGCCGUGCUGGUUCUUGUUCUUCUUGUGCAGGUAAAGUUGUGGCUGGGAAGGUAGAUCAAUCCGAUGGUAGUUACCUCGACGAUGAUCAGAUGGACGAGGGAUGGGUUCUAACAUGUGUCGCAUAUCCACAAUCUGAUGUCACUGUUGAGACUCACCAGGAAGAGGCACUCAUGGGUUAAUUCUGUUUAAGUUCAUUGUGUUCUUUCAUGGACGCCAAAAGAUGAUUAGGAGUUAUGCUCCAUAUAUAUAUGACUUACUCAUUAUGGUUUUGAUUUCUUGUUCAAACUUAAGUUUUCAAGGAAUUGAUUUGUAUGUUUGGAAAUAAUUGGCAAAUGAUGAGAUUAUUGUGUUAUUUCUUUUGUUCA